AUGCCCAUGGCCGCCGCCACGCGCAUGGGCGGCGGAUCCGCCCACUCCCCCUCCUCCGCCUCCAUCUCGCUGCCGCCGUGGCACCCAGUCGUACUUGCACCCAAUCAGCACCACCAGGCCCUCCACGACCUGGACCUCAUCGUCGCGCCGUCCCCGUCCCCGUCGCCGACAACGCCGACGACCCCGCAGCGCCUCCGCCCCACGGCCCGGCGCGCGGGCAAGCAGCGCCGGCCGCGGCCGUCGCGGAAGCUGCCGACCACCUACAUCAGCGCCGACGCCGCCAGCUUCCGCCGCAUGGUGCACCAGGUGACGGGCGCCGACGACGUCGUGUAUCACCAGGCCGCGCCGGAGCUCCUCUGCCGCCCGGCCCCGGCACCGCCCUCCCGCGCUGCCCUGACGACGACGACGACGGCGACUCUGCUGCCGACGCUGGACACGUCGGCGUUCCUGCUCGGCGCGGCACGCGGGGGCGGAGCGCCGCCCGCGCGGCCUGGUGGAGCCUGCUACCACGGCUCCGCGGUGCCGGCGGCGGGGGUUCCGGGUGCCGCUUUGCAAGUGGAGGUGGCGGAGCAGGCCUGUGGCGGCGUACGAGGAGGAGGAGAGGAGUACAGCUGCAGCAACGGUAGCGGCGGCGGCGGGUUCCCGAGCCUGGAGUCGUGGGAUGGCGACGCUCUCUUCUAG